UUGGCUCUCUCGCUCGCGUCGGACGGUCAGUGAGGUGGCACUCGGCCCCUCGUGGCACUCCCCUCGUGGCACCCCCAGCGCGCCACGACCCCCCAGUGCCAGCCCCCCGCGCCCCCUAUAGCGGUACUACUCCCCCGUGUCACCCCUGUAUUGACAGACACUCUUCAGGAAUCAACUUGACACACCUUUUUGAGAACCGAGAAGCUAUUGGGUGUUUCCAGCGGCCCCGAGGCAGACGAGAGGUGGAGAGAAGGGACGGGGGAGGAGGAGGAGAGAGCGGAGGAAAUAAGAACGAAGAGAGAGAGAUAGCGAGAGAGAGAAAGGAGGAACGGAAGGAAAGAAGAGUUGGAAGGUUGGAAGAAGAGGACAGAGGACAUACUGGGAGGAAAAGGAGGACAGAAGAGGGGAAAAGGAGGCAAGAAGGGAGGAACAGCAGUGAAGAAGUGAAAAGAUGAAAUAAAAGAAGAAAACGAGAAAGAGAAAAGAAAUAAGUGAAUGUAUAGAAGGAAAAAACAGCAAAAAUAAGAUGAAAUAAAAGAAGAAAGAGGAGAAACAGGAGGGAGAAUAAGUGAUUGGGGAAAGGAAAAGGAGAAAAAGAGAGAGAGGAGGCAGUGGAUACGAAAGUGAAAAGAAAAUAGAAAUAAAUAAAAAAGAAAGCCAGAAAGAGAAGAGAGAAAGAAAGUUAAAGUAAGAAAAAAGAGAAAGAACAUACUGGAUAGAGAGGGUGAAGGAUUAAGGUGAAAAAAUAGGGAUAUUGACGAAAAAACACAAGUAAAACACGAAAUUGAGACAAGAAAGAAAGCAGGCCAGAAAAAGAAGAAAAGGAGAGAGAGAAAAAAGGAGAAAAACAUACUGGAUAAAAAGAGUUAAGGUUUGAAGCGAAAAAAAAAACGAGAGACAUUGACGUAAAACAAAACAAAUAAAACGUGAAAUUCAAGUACAUAUAAAAAAGAGCAUAAAAAAACAUAUAUAAAAACGAACGAGCAAAGUGUCCGAAAGCUGAGAAAAAGAGGAUGUAAAAAAAUAUAGAAAAGUAAAGUCUGUAGAAAUAAUAAUAAUAAAAUAAUCUUAUGCUGGAGGAAAGAGGAAAGAGGAUUUAAAGGGAAAAAACUUAACGAACAGAAAGUGUCCUGAAGGCUGAGAAAAGGAGGAUGUAAAAAAAUAUAGAAAAAUAAAGUCUGUAGAAAUAAUAAUAAAAAAUAAUCUUAUGCUGGAUAUAUAAAUAGGAAAAAACUAAACAUACAGAAAAUAAAAUAAAGAGUGAACCAGACCACAAAAUGCAGCCACUGAGAUUUGCAUGUGCGUCGACUGAGGUGCCGCACGAUAUUAUAUAAUGAGAGUGUGGUGGGCUCGUGUGUGCAUCUACUGACCACACACACACACACGCACACGCACACGCACACGCACACACACGCACAUACACCCCUACACUCCACCCCCCCCCCCCACACACACACACACAUACACAAUCGAUAGAGAGUUGAAUGGUUGCAGAGAAUGGAAAGAAAGACGAGAGAAAAAAAAGAUAAACUCCACGUUUAAAAACUUUAGCCACACACAUGUUCGCGGGGUCAGAGGUCACUUCGGCAGGUGUGGAGGGGACGGAGGUGGAAGCUGCGUGGACUAAUGACACUGUUGGGGGCUUGUGGAGCGGUGGUGGAGGGUCGAACACCACCAACAACAACAAGACCUCCAUUAACUCCACCUCCUUCACCUCCACAACGGUCUCUCGUCUCCUCCACAUGGCGCUCUCCUCCACCGCAUCUCCUGCCUCCUCCUCCUCCUCCUCCUCCUCCUUCUUCGACUCCUCCACCACCGAGCUUCCGUUCUACUACAAUAACUCAGACGCCUCUCCUCCCCCCGCAGAGGCCGCCAACCCGUUCAUGCUGAUGUCCAACACGUGCGACGCGAACCCGCUGAGCUUCGACUUCUCCCAGUUCGAGUUCCCUUACCGCAUCGACACCUGGAAACCCAUCACAUGGUGGGAGGUGCUAGAGAUUGUCGCCUACAUCAUAACCUUCCUGGUCUCCAUCGUGGGCAACAUUCUGGUGAUCCUGGUGGUGAGGUACAACCGGAACAUGCGGAGCUCCACCAACCAGUACCUCGUGAAUCUGGCGGUGGCUGACCUGCUGGUGACGCUCGUGUGCAAGUGGGUGCACCUGGUUCGACACCUGUCCCACCCUCAUUACGUGUUACCUGCCAUCCUGUGCAAGAUGGAAGGGUUUGUGCAAAGCAUAGCUCUCGUGGCUAGCGUGUUUACCCUCACAGUGAUCAGCAUAGGGCGCUUCGUGGCUAUCAUGUUCCCGCUCCACGCCCGCACCUCGCCCGACAGAGCCAUACGUGUGAUCGCUGCCGUGUGGAUCGCCUCGGCCCUCAUCUCCAGCCCUCCGCUCCUCUACCGCGGGUUAUACAAAACGGAGUGGUCAAACUUCACCACUUGGAACUGUGACGAGUUUUUCCCCACCAAGAGGAAGUUCGUGGAGGGCGUGGGAUGUGUGGUGACCUUCGACGCCAAGCGGCUCUUCUACAUGGUCUUCAUCAUCACCUGCUACUUCCUGCCCGUCACCAUCAUGCUCGUCAACUACAGCCUCAUCGUGUGGAAGCUGUGGGGGGCGCAGCAGCCGGGGGAGCAGCACCAACAGCAGGUCGCCGCCACACGCAACAUGCAGAGAGUGGUCCGCAUGGUGACGGUCGUGCUGGUUGUGUUUGUCAUCUGCUGGACGCCGCUGCAGAGUCUGAUGCUCUAUAACUUCAUUUACCACGAGCAUCUUCCCGAGUGGCCGCGCUGGGUGGAGUUCACGGUCUAUUUCGUGGCCAACUCGAACUCGGCCCUCAACCCCAUCAUCUAUUGUGGCUUCAAUGCGAACUUCAGGCAGGGACUCGUGGCGCUCCUCACAUGCAGACAAACCCGCAGCGGCAGCAGGACCCAAUACCCGAGACCCCCCUACUCGGGCACAGGGUCUUGGCGCACGCGAGAGAGCAUCACAGGCUACUCCGGCCCUGAGCCAGCCGUGCUACUGGACAUGGGCGGCUCCGUAAGGCACUCCAGGCUCGCGUCGAAGAGUUCAUCAUCGUCUGUGUGCGGGCGCCUGGUUUACACGGGAUCCACAAGAGAGCUACGUCACGACAACCACUAUCACCACCACCUCUGUGACCGCGUGAAUACGAGCGGGAUCAGCAGAAUCAGCAGCAUCAGCAGUAACGGCGGGAACGGGAUUAGCAGCAGCAGCGGAGGGAACAACGUCACCACCCGCAACCUCAGCCUCAGAAGCAACAACACCAGCCUGCGACAGAGCUACAGAACCGGUACUAGGAGCAGCGAGAACCAGGAGCCCACGUUAGCCCAGCGGACCUUCGUUAGAGCGUCUUACGUGGGAGAUAACAGGAGACUAGAUGCACUUAAAGCCUCCACUUCCACCUCCUCCUCCUCCUAUAGCCAAAGAUUAGGAGGCAGGGCAGGAGGAGGACUAGAUAAGGAGGAAGAGUAUGGGUGCUCCUGCUGUGGCGGUGGAAGAGGAAGAAAAGGAGGAGGAGGAGGAGGAGGAGGAGGAGGAGGAGGAGGAGGAAGGUGGAGAGGGAGAUGGGGGAAGAGGGGGAUAUGUGGAGGAAAGGGACUGUGGAAGGUAGGAGGGAGUGGAGGAAAGGGAGUAACAGGAGGGAGAAAGGGAAUAAAGGGAAUAUGGAGUGGAAUAAAACGAAAAGGUGGAGGAGGAGGAGGAGGAGGAGGAGAAAAAGUCCGCGGUAUAAGAUGGAGAAGAGGAAGUGAGAGUGGAAGCGGAGGAGGAGGAGGAGGAGGAGAAGAAGAAAGAGGAGGAGGAGGAGGAGGUCACAUUCCCUUCAGUAGGAGUAGCAGCAGUAGUAACAAGGAGAGGUCAGGUCAGAGUCAGGAGAUUUUCACACUCAAUGUUGGCAACCCUGAUCCUGUAGUGUUUGAGAAGGGUGUGGAAGCUGUGGUCUAAGGGAGAGAGGGAGAGAAAGAGAAGGGAGGGAAGAUAUAUAAACAGGGAGAAAUGGAGGGAGAGGUAAGAAAUGAAUGCAUGGAGGAGAGAGAUGUGGAAGCUGUGGUCUAAGGGGGAGAGGGAGGGAGGUAGGGAGGGAGGAAGGGAGGGAAGAUGUAUAAACAGGGAGAAAGGGAGGGAGAGACAAGAAAUGAAUGCAUGGAGGAGAGAGAUUGGAAAGAACGGAAAGGAAGGAAAGGAAGGGAGGAACGGAAGAAGGGAAGGAAGAAGGAGAAUUCAUGAAAAUGGAGAGGAAGAGAAAGAGAGAGAGGG